GUGUAGGACCAAUAGAAAGCUUAAGCACCGUGACGCCGCUUCCUGAGCGGUAGUUUUGCUGCUUGUCUGUCUUCGAACAAUUUUAGCCAACAAUCAACUAUAAAGAACACAUCCAGGCGCUGAACGUCCGUUUCUGAUGCCUCCUAAAGCCAAGGCAGUGGGGAAAGGAAGAGCUCCUGCUAAGCGGAAGCUGGCAGAGGAGUUCCCACCUGGAGAAAUCCUGACAGAUACUGGAAAGAAGUCCUGGAAGCUGGGAGUUCCAAUCGGCAAGGGCGGCUUUGGUCUCUUAUACUUGGCUGAUCAAACCUCUGACAAACCCGUUGGACCAGAUGCUCCCUAUGUUAUCAAAGUGGAGCCGAGUGAAAACGGACCGCUCUUCUCUGAGCUGCAUUUUUACAUGAGAGCUGCCAAGGCGGAUCUCAUUCAGAACUGGUUGAAGGCUCAGAAGCUGAAACAUGUGGGAGUUCCCAGGUACUGGGGCUCAGGUCUGCAUAGCAAAGGGGACAAAAGGUACCGCUUCAUGGUGAUCGACAGACUUGGGACUGACCUGCAGAAGAAGUUUGAGGAAUGUGGAAAGAAAUUCCCUAGAAAACUGGUACUGCAGCUCGGUCUUCGCCUGCUGGACACUCUGGAGUUCAUCCACGAGCACGAGUAUGUUCACGCCGACAUCAAAGCAUCAAACCUGCUUCUGAGUCACAAAGAUCCCAACCAGGUUUACCUGGUUGAUUACGGGCUGGCUUACAGAUACGCACCUGACGGCGUCCUCAAGGAGUACAAAGAAGACCCGAAGAAAUGUCACGAUGGAACCAUCGAGUUCACCAGCAUUGACGCCCACAAAGGAGCAUCUCCCUCCAGGCGCAGCGACCUGCAGAUCCUCUGUUUCUGCAUGGUCCAGUGGCUCUGUGGUCGGCUCCCCUGGGAGGACCGGCUGCAGGACCCGGUAUACGUCAGAGACGCCAAGAUCAGGAGUCAGGAAGACAUCUCUGAUUUUUUGUCUAAGUGUUUUCCCCCUCAAGAAAAAACAGAUGAGAUCCAGAAGUUUAUGGAGGAAGUGAAGUCUCUAGGCUACAAAGACACACCUCCGUACAAGAAGCUGCGAUCCAUCCUGCAGAACGGGCUGAAGAGCAUCCAGGCGAAAGAUGACGGCCAGCUGGAGUUCACACCUGUCAGCGGAGUGACAACACCUCCUGCCAAGAUGACCAAGAGGAAGAAAGCAGCAGACAAAAGGGAGGAGAACGAUACAGAAGAAAGUUCUGUCAAGAAAAGGAAGUCCUCAAACGAAAAAGAGGUCAAUGGAAAAGAGGAAAGUUCCAAAGCGGCUCCCAGAGCUCGAAAGCGUGUCAAGAAAUCCAAACUGGUGGACAUGGCAACCCAGACAUCACCUGGACUUGCCCGGCAGACCAGAGGAAGAAAGAAAGUUGACUCCUAAAUGUUCAUUUGUUUCUACACUCCUCCUCAUUUUUCUUUCUGUUUCUGCUGCUUCUUAAACACUGAGCUGUUUUUUUAUGUAGUAAUACUCUGAAAAUGUUUGUCUGUGCCUGAGUGAAGCCACAGUUGUUGAAAUAAAGAGGAACUUAAACUAA